UUUAAUAAGUCUUUAAAUUGAGCUGAGGCAGUGCAAAUUUCAAUCAGAACAAAACAAUCCUUUGUUUCGUGCAUACCGAAUUACGAGCGAGCUGCAAAUACGAUGUUGAAAGUAUUUUUAUUUUUGUGUUUGGUUUUUACCAUUGUCUACUGUCAAGGCAACAAUGUUGAUAACGACGAUGAAGGUCUUGAACCAGCCGAAUCGGCUCAAUGGGGUUAUGGUGGAUACGGAAGAGGCUGGAGCGGCGGAAGAGGAUAUGGAGGCUAUGGCGGUGGCUACAGAGGAGGUUUUGGUGGUGGAUACGGUGGUUAUGGAAGAGGUUAUGGUCACCGUGGAUACGGCGGAUACGGUCGUUAAGAGGAACAAUACUACCGAAUGCAACCAUAAUAUCCUUACUCAAUACGGAUGCCAAUUAUAAAUGGCGAUACAAUUUGUGAUGGCAAAACCCUUUCCACAAAACCAGAAAAAUUCAUCAAAUUCAACAACAUCUAAAUUUCAAAUUCAAAUCUCUAAUCUCUCUCUAUCUUGGCUGACAACAAUGUAAACAUUUUUUUAUAUAUAUUUUUGUACGAUGAAAUUAAUAAAAGUUUCCGACUCAUUUAAAUCAAA